AUGAAUGGUUUUCUUUCAACAACAAGAAUUGAUAACGUUGCAUCUUUCUAUCACGGUGAUGAUCAGAUUAACAAAGUUAAUGAGGGAUACAAACCCGUUUUAUUCGUAUUCGAAAUAGAUACGAGAAUAAAACAACCAUAUGCAUAUAUUGGUGACUGCAGUACGAAGCCAGACGAAGCAGAAGUUCUUUUUUCACUUGGUACUAUUUGGCGUAUUAAAUCUAUUAAACUCGAUAAGCACCUAUGCAUAAUUGAACUAACACCAUGCGACGAAUGCGAUUCACAAUCAGCUGAAUUGCUCAAACAGUACACUAAAAACGGAUGUGAUCUUUCAUCAGUGGGUGAUAUACUACUUGAACUUGGGAAUCAUGAUGAAGCUGAAUGGUUCUAUGAAAAAAUGCUUAAACAAGAUGCUCUUGAUAAUGAGACUCGUGGCAUCUUAUAUUACAAAAUUGGAAUGAUACGAUUAGACAAAAAAGAUCGAUCCGUUGCACUCGAGAACUUUAAAAAAGCUGCACCAUUACUUCCAUCAUCGUUUAACGAAUCAGAUGAGAGAAGAACACCUCGACCUCUAUAUAUAUACGAUAAUCAAGUACCUUUAAUUGCGAUCUAUAAUAAUAUGGGGUUUAUACAUGAAGAGAACAGUGAGUUUAAAGAAGCAGCUAACUGUUAUAAACAAGCGUUGAAUGUGAAGAAUGGUUCGCCAUCGGAAAUAGCAACAGUGUAUAAUAAUUUAGGUCUUCUUUAUUAUCGCUGUGGCAAUUAUGAAGAAGCGCGAGAACACCAUGGAAAGACUAUUGAGCUUAUUGAUGAAAGUUAUCCGAACUGGGUAGAGUUUAAAAAGAACUUUGAUCGUGCUGACGAACGUUGGCAACAUCUUAUGAACAAGAAACAGAAUGAUGCAAAUGUUUAA